AUGUCGUACAAUGCUCAAGAUGAAUUAAAUGCUAUUGUCAUCGACAAUGGAUCUGGUAUGGUUAAAGCUGGUUUUUGCGGGGAAGAUGCACCACGAGCUGUGUUUCCAGCUGCAGUCGGUCGACCACAUUAUACAGCUAUUAUGCCCGGUAUGGGAAAUAAAGAUUCCUACAUUGGAGACGAAGCUCUAGCAAAGAAAGGUAUUUUAACAAUACGAUAUCCAAUUGAACAUGGGAUUGUAACAAAUUGGGAUGAUAUGGAGAAAAUCUGGCAUCAUACAUUCUACAAUGAACUACGUGUGGCACCAGAAGAACAUCCAGUGUUACUCACCGAAGCACCAUUGAAUCCAAAAGCAAAUCGUGAAAAAAUGACACAGAUUCUUUUCGAACAAUUCAAUACACCUGCUAUGUAUGUGGCCAUUCAAGCUGUGCUCUCGUUGUACGCAAGUGGUCGAACAACUGGAAUUGUUUUAGAUAGUGGCGAUGGUGUGUCACAUACAGUGCCCAUAUAUGAAGGUUACGCGUUACCACAUGCAAUAAGUCGUCUUGAUUUAGCUGGACGAGAUUUAACUGAUUGGAUGGUUCGUUUGUUAACAGAACGUGGUUAUGCAUUUACAUCGACAGCUGAACGGGAAAUCGUUCGAGAUGUAAAAGAAAAACUUGGCUAUGUUGCAUUAGAUUUUGAACAAGAAUUAGCAGCUUCAAGUAGUUCAAAUAAGAUCGAGAAAAGUUAUGAACUACCUGAUGGUCAAAUCAUAACCAUCGGUAACGAACGUUUUCGAUGUCCUGAAGCACUUUUUGCACCGGCUACAGUCGGCCGAGAAGAUGGUGGUAUUGCUGAAAUGGUGUAUAACACAAUUAUGAAGGGGGAUAUCGAUAUUCGAAAGGAACUAUAUGGAAAUAUUGUUCUUUCAGGAGGAACAACCAUGUUUCCUGGUAUUGCUGAUCGAAUGCAAAAAGACGUUUCUGCACUAGCUCCAUCGAAUAUGAAAAUUCGAAUUGUUGCUCCACCGGAACGCAAAUAUGCAGUAUGGAUUGGUGGUUCUAUUCUAAGUUCAUUAUCAACAUUUCAAUCAAUGUGGAUUUCGAAACAAGAAUAUGAUGAAUCGGGUCCAUCGAUUGUACAUCGCAAAUGUUUUUAA